GCAGACUGUGUGUAGUAUUAUAUAAAAUCUGUGUGUGUGUGUGUGGGUGUGUGUGCAGUGUUGUGUCUCAGCAGAACGUGCGUCUGGACCAGGAGGUGUCAGGGCUGAGCUGGCAGAUCAGAGACCUACAGAGUGACACACACUCAGUCACCUCAGGACUGAUGCAGAGACUGGAGAAGCAGCUCUCACACACCACCAAGCUGGAGCAGGAGCUGUCUUCCAUUAAAAUGGCCCCGCCUCCAGCCCCCUGCCCGGAAACGCCCGCCGCCGCCCCUAGCAACGAGAUGACCCCUGAGCUGAAACUGGCUUUGGAGAAGUGGUUCAGCGACAGGGUCAAGGACCAGCAGCUGUAUGUGAGGCAGACCCAACCUGUCUCCAGCUGUAAGGACUGUGGCUCCCUGGCUGAUAAGAUGGCUGACUUUGCUCUGGAAACCCAAGGGGCCAGUGUGGUCAGCACCAGGUGUUCAGAGACCUACAGGACCAGGUCAGCGUGUGUGACUCUGUUUGGUUUCCCCCUGUGGUACCCUUCAGAGAGCCCUCGCACAGUUAUACAGGGUAACCAGGUUCUGUUGCCGGGGAAGUGCUGGGCGUUCCAUGGCGUGCAGGGCACCCUGGUCCUCUCCCUGUCUCACCCUGUCCGCAUCACUCACGUCACCCUGGACCACCUCCCACGAUGCAACUCACCCACCGGGCGCAUCGACAGCGCACCUCGAGACUUUGAGGUUUAUGGUAUGUCCACUGACUCUGAGGAGGGAAGUCUGUUGGGGAAGUUCACUUACGACCAGGAUGGAGAACCCACCCAGACCUUCAAGCUCCCAGAUCAAAGCGGGGCUGUUCAUCGUUUUGUGGAGCUCCGUAUCCUUAGCAACUGGGGUCACGUGGAGUACACGUGCGUGUACCGUUUCCGUGUUCACGGGCAGAUCGCCGGGGCGUAACCCACACACGCCUCCCUCAGACCAGGUCCUUUCCAACGACCUCAAACAGAUCUUCUUUUUUUGUGCAUCUAUUAAAAAAAGACAAAAAAGACUAACUCAGCUUAAAUCGCAGUUUUCUAACAGCUAGAAUCAGGGUGUUGUGAUCAAGACUAGAUGAGAGGAAUGUAGGGUAGGCAUGACUGGCUGGAAUAUAACCAGGUUUUACUGGGAGUGGAUAUGGUCCUUUGCUUGAUCAAAGGUUUCAAUGGUUGGUUCGUUUGUUCCAGUGAUCGAUUGGAUGUUUUUGAACUCAUGAACUUCCUCCAUGGUGAGGAACAGGAAGCUCUCUCUCCUUCUUGCUGAGAUAUUUGAUGAUCUCUACAGCACCUGUCAGAAACACCUAGUCUUUUAUUGUUUUUGAGAGACACAUGUUCCUGUUGUUCAUAUGUAACAGACUACGUCAUUUAACGGUAUGAAGAUUUACUUUGACCAAAAUGUACAGAUAUUGGUACAAAAAACUAAAUUUUCAUCAAUCUGUCACCUUAGGCAAUAUUUGGAGAACAUGCCAACUUAUUAUAUACAUGUAAGUUAAGGGCCCUACAGACCAUGAUUGAGGGAUUGAAUUCCUGCAUUUGAAACGAUGAAAAGUAGUCAGUUUUCUCUCCAGAAUGAUAAAGGCUGUGUUUCUACAGGCUCUGUAGCACUGAACACAACUGCCUUAGAACUCCAGACACACACACUUGCAUAUACACACAUGCAUAGAAACACAGAGUUGCAACAUACACACAGUCCCAACAUGCACACGCAUAUACACACAGUUCCAACAUCCAAAAAUGCAGUUGCAAAGGCAAUACUGACUCACAGUCACGAAAGGUUAACGAUUGUAAUUUAAAGUUUUGUUUUUUUAGCUGAUAGUGUUCUUUGCAAUAUUUUUACUAAAAUAUUAUCUUUUAGAGUUAAAGAUGUACAUAUGCUUGAAUUAUUGUUUUACCUUUUGCUUUAAAUGCAUUUUUCCUGUGUGGCUAUUCAAAUUUUUGUGACACAACAUUUCCAAACACUGGGGGAUAUGUUGACAAUCACACAGCAAACAGUGUUGUGAAAUAUGAUCUGCCCAAACAUUAAGUUUAGCUCAUGUCUGUUUGUUGUUUUAGAGAAUAUUGAAAAUAAUACUUUACAGUAGAUGUUUGUACUUAGUUUGGGUCUUUAACAGACGAUUACCGCAAUACUUGAAUUUGUGUUCAUUGUGGGACCUCAACAAACCAAUUAUGUUGGCUGCUCUAGUAUCUUAAUUAAGUUUACAUACAAGUACGUCUAAGAAUCUUACAUAUUUCCAGCACUAUAUCCACCAUUGUAAAAAAGGUACUUUUGUAUACAUUUUUACAAGAUGCGUGUUUAGUAUUAUAGCAGUGGUAAAUGUGCAUCUCCAGUUCUCGAAACUGCACUUUCUAAUGGGGAUAUUUUGAUUCCAUGCUGUUUCACAGAAAGCAGUAAGCUAACAGAUGUACAGAUAUAAACAUUUGAGUUGGUAAAUCAUGUUGUACUUGUGGUGACCCAGAGUUCUGUAUCCUACGAGAUAUUUGGUCAUUUAUUUUCAUGAGUACAGAGUUGGCUUAUGAAGCACUUUUUUAUAGAUGUACAUAUUAUAAAACUUUCAAGAAUUAUUUAAAUAUGUUCAUGUCAGUGUGAUUGCUUUAAUGCUCCACAUUAGAUAUAUUUUUAUUUUAUAUUUAGUCACAGUGGCUGUUACGACAGUCAGUUUUGUGUUUAUGUAAAAGUUAGAAACAUGCUGACAGUUGAAGUAAAUCUAAUGCUCCUACAAACCAGAUCUAGGCACACUCCAAUACUAACAUUGUGGUCGCCCCCUGCUGGUAGAAGGGUGAAAUAAAAGAUGGUACUAGGUAAAAAAAAAUCUUACCUACCACAAUUAAGACUUUGCUUCAAAUAAACAGUGUUGAAUGCUA